UCUUUUCUUCCUCUUUGUUUCUUCUCCAAAUAAUCAAUCUCAAGGUGGAGGAGCUAGCUGCUUGGUCUUCAUGAGGUGGGUGGGGUCGUCGCCUGUGGGACGAACUUGCUCGUCCACGGCGUCAGCGGCGGACGAAAGGGGAGCGCGGGCCAUUGCCGGCCAGGUCCACGCCGCCGGUGACUGCCAGCGCCAUGCCGCGGCCAGAUUCCGAACGGUCGGCCGGAGGAUGUCCAGAUCUGGGGCGCCGCGUUGGCCACUGAGGCCUUCCUCGCCGUGGUCGUCACGGUCGGCCGCGCUGCCGUAGAAGCUUGCGGCGUAGGCAGCGGCGACGAGGUGGGGACGCCCGGGUAAGCGCGGGAGGUGGAGACGGACCUCGCGGCUCGGUAGCUGAUCGAGGUCUCGCAUAGCAGGGCUGACUGACGUCAGGUGGCGCGGGCCGUGGAGAAAGAAAAGGGAAGUUUGACAGAUGAGAUUCAGCGUGAUGGAAAGUUCGACAGGCCCAUAAGAAAAUCAUGGCCGGUUAAGUUAAGGCUCGUUUUGACUCCGUGUAAUUGAAUUGAGCCCAGCGAAACAAAGUGUCCCCGGCCGUAGAGCACACGACACCGGUCUCCAUCCAUCCGGCGGCGGGAAGCAAGCAGGGGAAUCCACCACUCAACGCAACUCCACGCCGGCGCCGCAUCCGAUUGAUUCCGGCCGCCAAUCUUCCUCUCCUAUUACCGGCGAUGCGCGGCGGCCAGUCGAGGGGCCACGGCUUCGGCGGCGCCGGCGCCCACAACAACAACAACGGCGGCGGCGGCGGCAAUGGCAGCGGCAGGUACCGGAGCCCUUGCCUGACGAUGCACCAGCCGUGGGCGUCGCUGCUCGUGCACGGCAUCAAGCGCGUCGAGGGCCGCUCCUGGCCGGCCCCGGUCACCGGUCGCCUCUGGAUCCACGCCGCGUCCAAGGUCCCCGACCCGGACACCGUCGCCGCCAUGGAGGACUUCUACAGGGAGAUCCACGCCGUCGACGGGGUCGCCCACAUCGACUUCCCCCAGCACUACCCCGUCUCACGCCUUCUCGGAUGUGUUGAAGUGGUAGGCUGUGUUAGGUCUCAAGAGCUGGUGUGCUGGGAGGAUGUGCCUGAAUCAGUCAGGCUUGAAGGGUUGACUGACUUUUGCUGGCUCUGUGAGAAUCCACAGAAGUUGGUGGUUCCGUUUGAGAUGCGCGGUUACCAGGGUGUUUACAAUCUGGAGAGAAGGAUCUAUGAGGGAGCAGUCCGGGGUCUUUCGCCUGUUCAAGGCCCACUGCCUGUCAAGUUUCCGCUUCCAGAUCCCAGAAACCAAUUCUCUCUCAAGCCAGGAUCUCUUACUUUUGAUUCUUCGAAAUCCGCACCGGUGAAAACUCCAAGUGUCUCCGCAGCAAUAGCCGGGGCUAGAGCUGCUGCCACUCAGUAUUCGCGGAAGGAUCAUAAUGCUGCCCCUAGUAGAGAGAAUGAAACUCGAGAGGAAUCAAGGGAAAACCGUAGAGAUGGCAGUUCAGGGAGUGGUAGUCUGCCAUCCAUUGCCCAGAACAGUCCAUCGUAUUCACAAAGCCAGAAACCAUCAUCCAUUGUCCAGAGCAGUCACUCCUAUUCGCAAAACCAGAAUGCAUUGUCCGUUGUCCAGAACAAUCCUUCCUAUUCACCAAACCAGAAUCAAUCAUCCAUUGUCCAUAACAGUCCAUCCUAUUCGCAGAACCAAAUUCCAUUGUCCAAUGUCCAGGAUAGGCCAUCCUAUAUGCAUAACUAUAGUCCGUCUUUUAUUGUCCUUAACAGUCCAUCCUAUUUGCAAAACCAAAUUCCAGCGUCCAAUGUCCAGAACAGCCCAUCCUAUUUGCAAAACCAUAAUCUGUUGUCCACUGUCCAUAACAGUCCAACCUAUUUGCAUAGUCAAAAUCCGUCAUCCAAUGUGCAGACCAGUCCAUCUUGUUCACAAAACCAUAAUCCAUCAUUCAUUGUCCAGCAUAGUCCGUCUUUCUUGCAAAACAAUAAUACAUCAUUCUCUGUCCAGAACAGUCCAUCCUUUUUGCAAAACCAUAGUCCAUCAUUCAUUGUCCAGAACAGUCCGUCCUUUUUGCAAAACAAUUAUCCACCAUUUACUGCCCAGAACAGUCCGUCAUUUUGGCAAAAUCAGAACUCCGAGCCCCGUAGAAGUCCCAGACUGCAAGGUGGAGCUUCCAACAGGCUUGUUGCAGUGGCAUUGAGGGAGUUGGAACAGUUAAGCUUCAGUGAGAGGGGAGAACAAUCAGUUCCCAAAAGCUGACCUGAAUUCUUUCUUAAAGAAAGCUGACCUGAAUAAUUUGGGACUUAGAUACCCCACCUUCAGAUGCCUAUUCAUCAUCUAUGUGCAAAGCUCCUUGUAAAUUGUAGCAUUUUGUUCGUACAGUUCUGAUGGAUGAUAGCAUACGAUAGUGUGUACUAUUAGCUGACAUGGUGCUUUGCUUUGUGAGUUUUUCACUGGCGUUGCAGGUGAUGUAUCUCUUGUAAAAACUGAACCUAGUUUUAGUCUGGAAAUAGUGCUCAGACUGGUUGGUGGUUGAAUUUGUGUCUCGCAAGAUUUGAUACCCAAUUUGCUAUA